AUGAAUCCGAUGAAUGGGAUGCCCGGCGCUCCGAGCCUCUGGCAGGAGGCUCGGAAUGCUGAUGGAAGGGUGUACUACUACAAUGUGCAGACGAAACAAACGCAGUGGCAGAAGCCUUUCGAGUUGAUGACCCCAGUUGAGCCAUGGAAGGAGUAUACCGCGGAAGGUGGUCGGAAGUAUUGGUACAACACAGAAACCAAGCAGAGCACUUGGGAGAUGCCUGAAGUUUACAAGACUGCACUUUCACAGGCUCAAGCACAUUCAGGACCCGCCGCAGGCGCCCCCACGUUUGUUGCCGGUGGAACCAGCACCUUCUCCCCUUAUCCGCAGCAGCAGCAACGCGAUCGCGAGGAACACGACCGAACUGCGGCUGAUCGACGCGGUGGCUACGAUGCAAAUGGCGUAGUAGCUGCAUCCGCCGCGGCGGCUGCUGCUGCUGCUCCUACCCAGCAGACUGAACCAGAGUAUAGUACGUUUGAAGAAGCGGAGAACGCAUUUAUGAAGAUGUUGCGACGCUACAAUGUCCAGCCCGAUUGGACUUGGGAACAGGCAAUGCGCGCGACCAUUAAGGACCCACAGUAUCGUGCUCUGAAAGACCCCAAGGACCGCAAAGCUGCCUUUGAGAAAUACGCGGCUGAGGUCCGGAUGCAGGAACGGGAUCGAGCGAAAGAAAGAUACGCUAAACUCCGCGCAGAUUUCAAUACCAUGUUGAAGAGCCAUCCUGAAAUUAAACACUACAGCCGUUGGAAGACUAUCCGACCUAUCAUUGAAGGUGAGACAAUAUUUAGGUCCACCAAUGAUGAGAAUGAGCGGCGACAGCUUUUUGAGGAGUAUAUCAUGGAGCUUAAAAAGGCCCAUAUCGAACAGGAAGCCAUGACUCGAAAGGCCGCAAUGGACGAACUAGUGACAAUAUUGAAGGCAAUGAAUCUGGAGCCAUACACCCGGUGGUCUGAGGUGCAGGGGGUCCUAGAGUCCAACGAGAGGAUUAAAAACGACGAUAAGUUCAAGACCCUGAGCAAAUCAGAUAUUCUGACCGCUUUCGAGAAUCAUAUCAAGUCCCUUGAGCGGGCCUUCAAUGACGCACGCCAACAGCAAAAGGCUGCCAAGGCGCGAAGGGAACGCCAUAACCGUGAACAGUUUAUCGAGCUCCUGAAAGAGCUUCGGUCGCAAGGCAAGAUCAAAGCCGGAAGCAAGUGGAUGAAUAUCUAUCCUCUGAUCAAAGAUGACCCUCGGUAUGUAGCAAUGCUGGGUCAACCUGGUUCGACUCCUUUGGAUCUAUUUUGGGACAUGGUCGAAGAAGAAGAACGAUCGCUGCGAGGACCGCGAAAUGAUGUCCUGGAUGUUCUUGAUGUGAGUUAUCUCUUAAUAAUAUCAGUCUUAAUUAAUUCGCACAAGGCUGACCUCAACGUACAGGACAAACGCUAUGAGAUAACCCCGAAGACUACAUUCGAAGAGUUCACGUCUGUGAUGGCCACUGACCGCCGUACAGCAAACAUUGAUUCAGAAACUCUUCAACUGAUCUUUCAGCGUAUUCAGGAGAAGGUGCUGCGGCGUAGCGAGGAUGAGAAGCAUGCGGCUGAUCGCCAUCAACGCCGCGCUGUAGACGCCUUACGUUCCCGUAUCAAGCACCUUGAUCCACCAUUGCGACCCACUGAUACAUGGGAACAAGUUCGACCCAGAAUUGAAAAGUUCGAAGAAUAUAAAGCUUUGGAAUCUGAUGAGCUCCGCCAGAGUGCCUUUGAAAAAGUCAUACGCCGUCUGAAGGAGAAGGAAGAAGACAUGGAGAGAGAACGUGAGCUACGCGAACGGGACCGUGCUCGCCGCGGCGACUAUUAUGAUCGCGAACGCGACUAUCGUACUAGUCAGUCCUAUCGGGGAGAGCGAAGAUUGCCUUCGCGUCUCAGUCGCACCCCCGAACCCGAUCCUUAUGAAGCGGAUCGCCGGAAAGCCCAGGCAGAUCGGGAGAGAUCUUACAGGAAAGCCAGCGGUCUUUCUCCCAUUCGUGACCGAAGAGACGACCGCGACCGGGACCGUGAUCGCGAUCGCCUCCGUGACAGGGACCGGGACCGCGAACGUGAGCGGGAUCGCGAGCGACGCGCCCUCAGUCAUUACGAGCGUGAACGCCGUGAGCGGGAGGAGGAACGGGAACGACUCUACCGCACCCGUGCAGAUCCGCGCGGAAGCCGUGAUGAGUUAGAUUAUGGAGCUGACACUCGCAGCACGGUAAGUAGCGAUCGUCGUCGUAGGCGGGACAGCGACACGGAGAGCGUCGCCAGCCGCGGUGCCAAGAGGUACAGACGCGAUGACCGGGAGAGGGAUCGAUCGAGGGAUCGUAGCCGGAGAGAUCGGGACCGGCGCUCUCGAGACAGAGAGCUCACCCCAGUGGCGGAGGCCGAGGCCAAGAAGGAAGAAAAGGCGGUCCAUUCAGGAAGCGAGGAGGGAGAGAUCGAAGAGGACUAA